AUGGGUUCGAGAAUUCACAGACGAAUCCACCGACGGAAUUGGGUGUUGUCCGUGGGCGUAGGCGAAUCGGGGCUUCCGUCGAGACGGGAAUUGCAGGAUGAACGCGCACAAUCAAAUUUCUUGAAUGUCCCGCACAGGUUUGUCUUUCCAACAUUGCAAGUCCUAGCUGAGGAUCUGGUGACUGUCUUGGACUUCCUUCACUUGAAAUAUGCUGUCCUGAUUGGUGAAGGAGCGGGGGCCAACGUCGCCACUAGGUUCGCCAUGGCAUAUCCUGCUCGCACUUUGGGUGUCAUUUUGAUCCAUCCGACGUCGACCGUCGCUGGCAUCAUGGAGAACGUCAAGGACAAGUUUAUCAACUGGCAACUGACGAAUGUUGGCAUGACACCGACAGCUGAGCAGUACUUGGUUUACCAUCGAUUCGGUGAAUCUCAAGAUGCAGAUCAAAUUGCGCUGUACAGUAAAACUUACCUCAAUCAUCCAUCCAACAAGGCUUCCACAGCGCGAACGGACGUGUCUCAUUCGCUGAAGGAGAAGCUGGAGGCAGACGCUCUGCUGAUCACAGGUGCCAAGUCUUCGUACAAACACAGCGUGAGCACGAUGUUGAGCAACAUGAAUCCAGCCAAGAGCCAGAUGAUCCAAAUUGAAGGCGUUGGGGAUGCUUUGAACGAAGCUCCAGAGAAGGUUUCGCAAAGUUUGCUGCUGUUCGCGAAAGGCCUGGGUCUGCUGUCCUCGGUGACGAUGGUUGGCGUGGAGCGCCAGCGCACUUUCAGCUCUGGCAGCAACGCGUCGGACGACGGGAACCCUGCUUGCAUCCCUCGUCGCAACCGGUCCAUGUCCAUGGAAGAAUACGAUCGUCCGAACCUCAAGCGACUCACUUCCCGCGAGGGACCCGUUCCAGAAUAAACGGAUCCGAAUUUGAAAACGAAGCAAACAAAAAAAAAAAACAAGAAGAAUUGACAGCCAAGAAUUGACAGGACAACGACUCGCCUGGACGUUAUCAUCAUCAUUGUUCAUCAACUUCAUCAUCGACACCCGUCGGACAUGGAGCUGAAGUCGACGCAAGCCGUGGCCCGAACUGCCGUGGCUCUUUGAGUUUCUUUUCAUUUUUGUCUCGUUUUAAUUCCCUCAUUAGGAGAGAAAGAGAGAGAGAGAUGGAAUUUUAAAGAAAUUUUAGUGACCUGGCUGCCUCCCCGGAAUUAUCCAAGCAGUAAAAUAUCUUUCCAUUCUUACCCACGAUCUUAAAAUUUUUUUUAUUUCUUUUGUUUUAGAUCUGGGUUGGGUUUUGCAUAAAGAAUUUUAUGAACCCGCUUCGGGUAAUUGGGUCCCGAGUUCAGUUCCCGAUUAUCUCGACUCGAAAGUCUUUUCUUCCUUUCAUCCGAAAUUCAAUUUUUUUCUUAUUUGCGCUAAUAUGAGAUUGGAUUGCUUUUUCUCGCCGUUGCUGCAAAUCCUGCAAUGAACAUAUCGUUUCAAAGCAUAGGAAAUUCCUCUUGAUUAUGGGUGAAAGAAUGAAUGACUUUAUGAAAUGCCAGUUAAUUUUUCUUCGCAAAACGGUGGUGAUAAAAGUAUUGUAAUUCCAAACUUCCUGCUUCCGAUUUCGUUUUCGUGUCCAUUCCUCUUGCAAAUAUCGUGCCGAUAUUUACGCGUGAGUCAUUUGAUAAAAAUCUCGGCAACUUUUUUUUUUAAACUAUCCGUUUAAAAGAAAUCUUUCAUUUCCAGAAUGCAGUAUUGAUGUAUUGUUCGGAUCUGUUGGACUUUCAGUUACAGUAAGCGUUUCCAAUGAGUUGAACACAUUGAGCUCUUGGUAUUGGAAGUUUGAAUGGUGUCGGCAAUUUUCCGAGGGAUGGAUAUUUUUCUGCUUGGAUAAGUGACCCAAAUUGUUGUGACUUAGAGAUUUUUUACUCUUUUGGGAACCGG